AUGAGAGAAAUUUUUAGAAGGUAUUAGUAUAUAUUAUAAUAUUAUUUAGUUAUUUUCCUGAAAUGCUUAUGUUACAUAAAAUAAAUUUUUGUUAAAGGUGUGAAAUAUUUAGAAAUGCUCUAGAGAUACCAAACAUUGGUGCUGUAUUAUCAAAAGUGCUGUGGGCACUGUGUGAACUUGUUCCUAAAAUUCAAGGAGAUAUUCAAAAUGAUGGAAGAAGACUCAUAAACCGAAAAUGA